AUGUCUGGUUUUAUUGUUAUAAGAGAUUACAAACCUGGUGAUGAGCGCAAUUGUCAAGAAGUUAUACGGGAAUCUACAAUGUCGACAGUGAAUACAGCUUUUUUCUCAGGAUUGACUAGAGAGAUCACAUUCCAAGUUAUAAUCUUAACUUCUGCCUUAAUGUUCAUAUUCUUGGGUGUCCCGUUUAACAUUUGUUUUGGUUCCAUUCCAGUUGUCAUUGCAUUGAUGUAUGUUUGUGUGUGGUUAAGCCAUGUUUUCAAAGCUGUUCAACUAAAUGUUGACAUGGGUUCUAUACCAAGAAUGUACAUGUCUUCUGAAUACACUGGGUUUUGGGUUGCAGAAGUUUAUGAAAAAUUAAUGGACAUUAGAAAUCCACAAUCACUGCAAUUUACAAUUAUUAACAGUGAUGAAAGUCAAAAAAUGGAUUUGUCUGCGUAUAGGAAGAGAAUAGUGGGUACAAUAGCUGUUACACGAAGCCACAACAAUGAAGAUACUGCAUGGAUAAGGAGAAUGGGAGUUGUGAAGAGCUAUCAGCGAAAGGGAAUAGCAUCAGCAUUAGUUGAUGAAGUAUUACGUUUUUGUAGAGACAAAUGUUAUCAGUAUGUUGAAUUAGUCACUACUGAGUGCCAUGAUGCAGCAAGGGAGCUGUUCCUCAAUAAGGGUUUCGAAUUAAAGCAGAUGUAUCAUAAGCAAAUUGUGGGCAGUAUUAUUACAGUACAAAUGUUUGAAUUAAUGUAUAAAUUGAAAGUUGCAGAAUCACCAUAA